AUGUUGUUACCCUCCAGUUCUGCCAGUCAAUACGUCGUGGGUUGGUGUACGGUACUGACGGAGGACUGGUGGACCUACGAGGUGUGCUAUGAGAAGGAGGUGCAGCAGUACCAUGCUGAGGACGGCAAGGUCUUGACGGCGUAUCACCUGGGCUACUAUCAACCGGACGAUGAGGCAUCAGUGGAGACGCUGACAUUGCAUGGUAAGGGCACCAAGUUCCUCGCACAGCAGUACGUCAAUGGCUCGGACUGCGAGCUUGCCCCAAAGCAGCGCAGUACAGAGGUUCGAUACACUUGCGGCCAAGAUGACAAGAGCAUCAUCCAGUCUGUACGGGAAGUAGAAAGCUGUUCGUACGUCGUCACCAUUUUGACACCGCUCCUGUGCGCUCAUGACGACUUUGUCAGCGUCGAGCCUCCUCCUCAGGAGAUCCACUGCCGGCAAUUGCCUGACUCUGCUCCAUCCCCAGACGCGCAUGUCGACCUAUGA